ACCGUCACGGUAUUCUGUCUCCAUCUUCCACGUUUUUAAACUAAUCAUUUUUCCAGUCAUAACACAUCGGCGGAGAUUCAGCUUUCAUCAGAGCUUGCAAAACCGUACCCGCAACAUAGAGAGAGAGAGAGAGAGAUUAACGACUUCUUCUUCCUUCCUAUCGGAAAAACAGGAACCCCAAAAUUCUCCCUACAUCGUUCCCCAAAAAAUCACACAAAAUUCGCCUGAUUCGAUCCAACAAAACCACAAUUCACCACCCGACAAACCAUGUAAACAAUUCCUUGUUCUUAUUAUCCCAGCAGUUAUCGUUUCCGAACUCGAAUCACACGUUUUUUUAUUCUCUCUCGAAAAAAACCUCAAUCAAUAAUGGAGGAAUUCUCAGUGCCACCGCCUGUCGCUUCUCUCUCAUCCCUCGCAGCGACUCUUCAGUUCCUCCGUGGCCUCCGUCUUCAUUGAAGGCUUAUAAUUUCGUUUUAAUUGGUUUAGUCCCGUUUUUUUACGGUUUCUAUAUCUGCUCUAUCCGUUGCGUGUUUUAUUUUUUCUCUGUAAUUAACUUAAAAAGGAAAUAUGAAUGUGGGGAAGUCCCAGGUUUGGCAGCCUUGUAAGAGAAAGCGGUUUUGAUUUCUAGAGAGAGAGAGGGGGGGGGGAGAGAGAAAGCGAUUCAUAUCAAGAAUAAGCAAUGGAUGGUAUCUGUAUCAUCUGUGAAAUCUCCGUUUCCUAACAGUUGUAGAUCUUAAGGUUACGGAAAGAGAUACAUACAUUGAAGGAGAAAGAGAGAAAAAAACAUAUACUUUACAGAGAGAGAGAGAAAGAGAGAGAGAUGGCUUCGCGAUCGAGUGGCGGUGGUGCGAGCGGGAGCGGGAUUGGGAGGACGAAGGUUGGGAGAUACGAGCUGGGGAGGACGCUCGGGGAGGGGACGUUUGCGAAGGUGAAGUUUGCUAGGAAUACGGAGACAGGAGAGAAUGUGGCUAUUAAGAUUUUGGACAAGGAGAAGGUUCUCAAGCAUAAGAUGAUCGGUCAGAUUAAACGUGAGAUUUCAACCAUGAAACUAAUCAGACAUCCAAAUGUCAUUCGUAUGUAUGAGGUUAUGGCCAGCAAGGCAAAAAUUUACAUUGUUUUGGAAUUUGUGACUGGGGGUGAACUAUUUGACAAAAUUGCUAGUAAAGGGAGAUUGAAAGAAGAUGAAGCAAGGAAGUAUUUUCAGCAGCUCAUAAACGCGGUGGAUUACUGCCACAGCAGAGGUGUUUUCCACAGAGACCUGAAGCCUGAGAAUCUGCUACUGGAUGCAAAUGGAGUUCUUAAAGUUUCAGAUUUUGGAUUAAGUGCUCUACCUCAGCAAGUUCGAGAAGAUGGGUUACUACAUACCACCUGUGGAACACCAAAUUAUGUUGCUCCUGAGGUGAUCAACAAUAAAGGAUAUGAUGGAGCUAAGGCAGAUCUGUGGUCUUGUGGUGUGAUCCUGUUUGUCCUCAUGGCCGGGUAUCUUCCUUUUGAGGAGUCCAACCUCAUGGCAUUAUACAAAAAGAUAUUCAAGGCUGAGUUCACAUGUCCUCCAUGGUUUUCCUCGAGUGCAAAGAAACUAAUAAAAAGAAUCCUGGAUCCUAAUCCAACGACACGCAUUACAAUUGCUGAGGUCAUUGAGAAUGAGUGGUUUAAGAAAGGGUACAAGCCACCUACUUUUGAACAGGCAGAUGUUAGUCUUGAUGAUGUGGAUGCAAUUUUUAAUGAAUCAGGGGAUUCUCCAAACCUUGUUGUGGAAAGGCGGGAAGAACGACCUCCCGUCUCUUUGAACGCUUUUGAGCUUAUCUCUAAAUCACAGGGUCUCAACCUUAGUUCCCUAUUCGAAAAGCAAAUGGGGCUUGUUAAACGGGAAACAAGAUUUACUUCUAAAUGUCCUGCCAGUGAGAUUAUCUCCAAAAUUGAGGAAGCAGCUGUGCCUCUGGGUUUUGAUGUGAAGAAAAACAAUUACAAGCUGAAGCUUCAAGGGGAGAAAACUGGGCGUAAGGGUCAUUUAUCCGUCUCAACAGAGGUUUUUGAGGUGGCUCCUUCACUAUGUAUGGUUGAGCUUCGCAAGGCUGGAGGUGAUACCUUAGAAUUUCAUAAGUUCUACAAAAAUCUGGCAACUGGUUUGAAAGAUGUAGUCUGGAAAACAGGAGAUGAAGCGAAAGAGGAAGCCAAUGAUGGUGUUCGUACGGUCUCCUCUUAAUCAUCAGCUCGCUCUCAAGAGAUAAUUGGUGGAAAUGUCGCCAAAUUUUCAGGCACCAGAAUCCUAGGCUAGUCGUAUUAUAUGUUCUUAAUAUGUACGUGGCGGAGUGUAAGAUCUGGACUCCUCUCGUUUGUUUUUUUUCUUGUUAUAUCAGUUUGCCAUCAAUAAAAUAUAGUGGGUUAUUGGUUUUGAUGGAAAAUAGCUUGGCAUCGUUUCAAUGUGCUUCAUUGGAUGGUUUUUCUGUUCUACUAGAAAUUUAAAAUAGGUUGAAACCUUUGCACUA